UUUAUAUUUAAUUAAAACUUUAAGCACCACAGAUAAUUUUUUUUCAGAGGAGAAAUGAAAACCCACCUGUGGAUUUUCGUGGCAGCCUCGUUCGUGGUCGGCGUCUUGUCGUUGGAUAAACCAGUUCUGAAUUACGAGUCCAUAUUCAACUUUGGUGAUUCCUUAAGCGACACCGGAAAUUUCCUAAUCUCCGGCGACAAGCCAUUUCCGGUGGUCGGAAAACUUCCGUACGGCGAAACCUUCUUCAACCGCCCCACCGGUCGUUACUCCGAUGGGCGUCUCAUCAUCGAUUUCAUCGCUGAAGCGAGUGGACUGCCGUACCUUCCGCCGUACCUCGAAGGCGUACGGACGAAUUCUUCCGUCGAUUAUGGGAAAGGAGUGAAUUUUGCGGUGGCCGGAGCGACCGCCCUCGACAAAGACUUCUUGGAACGGAGAGGUCUUCCAAUUUCUUUGGACACCAACAAAUCUCUGGACGUUCAACUCGCCUGGUUCAAGAAUCUGAAGCCCUCUCUUUGCAAAACAAAGCAAGAGUGUGAUGGAUAUUUCAAGAAAUCGGUAUUCUUCGUCGGGGAGAUUGGUGGGAACGAUUAUAAUUAUCCUCUUCUGCUAACCGGAACCUUUAAACAAACUAUGGACCUCGUCCCCCUCGUUGUCCAGAAAAUCAUCAACGUCACGAGCGAGUUGAUAGAGGAAGGGGCGAUGACGGUGGUGGUGCCGGGGAAUCUGCCGAUAGGGUGCAUCCCGGCGUUCCUGACGAGGUUCCAAAGCGACAAAGGAUGGCUUUACGACUCGAGGAACCGAUGCUUCAAGCCUCUCAACACUCUCUCCAAAUCUCACAACGAUCAGCUCAUCAAAGGUCUUGAUGCUCUAAGGACCAAAUAUCCUCAGGCCACUAUCAUUUACGCCGAUUAUUACAGCGCUGCCAUGCAGUUCUUCAACUCUCCUCUCAAAUUCGGUUUCUCCGGAGGUGUUCCCAAGGCAUGUUGCGGAACCGGAGUAUUGCAAUGUCUAGAAGAAUGAAGAUCGUACAACUACUCAUAAUUGUGGGCCUUGGAUCCAUUAAGCCCAACCCACUCUUCAUCCAAGCAUGAGCAACGUCUACUGAAGUUUAUAUGCAAUAUUCAUCAGAUCAAUUACGCGUACUUUUCCCUGCUAACGUCUAGAAUCUUCCUUCUGGGUUUAGGAUAGUUUCCUUUAUUUAUUUGUACAGAUUUAUUUUCCUUUCUAUUUUGCUAUUUUCCUUUUUCAUUCCAUCUUGUAAUUCUUA